GUAUGAAACACUGCAAUCUAUUUAUUUCAUGCAUAAUUUUAUAGUUAACCUAAAAUCUUGACAUUUUAAGUACGGCAUUGUGUAAAUGUGAAUGGACGAUUAACGCCAAACAAAGUCCACAAACUUUUGUUUAAACGUUAUUUUAAAGUUAUUAACAAAUUGAUUAAUAAGGUGAAAGCAAAAAUUAAAUCAAAAAGUAACGGGUAGGAAAAUUGACAGAAAUAACGUAUUGGGUUAUAUCGUGUCGCAGUAUUUCUAAACGCGGGUUGGUUCUUUAUCCUCCCCUCCCCUCCUAUCUUCUGAAUCCCUUCCGAAAAUCGCGCAGCAUCCUUGCGCGCGAAACACGCGUAUGCCGGUGGACGCACAUUGUGUGCCUGUACUUCGAUGUACAUACUUGUGAAUAGUAUAUUUUAAGCUUUAGUUUUACGGGAUGCAUGUGUGAAAAAGCGAAUCGUAUAUAAUAAUCGUAAAAAGAUUAAAUAGUAUAAAAAGAAACAAAAGUUAUUUGUCAAUUGAUCGUGAGUAUAGUCAUCAUAGUUAGACGUGAAACUUGUACGUACAUAAAUCGAAAAAAGAACAUUAUCAUUAUUGUACCUGCUAUUGGUUUGGGGAAAAGAAUUUGUAGUAUUAACGACAAUACAAAGAAUAUAAUUUUGUGAAUCUUUCGCUUCCUCCCCUCUACUUUCCUACCCCUAAUUCCCUCUCGCCCGUUGAUGAACAAGCAGUUGUCGUUUUUUGCAUGUUUCACUUUUUUUCUCCGGCAUCCCUUCAGUUUCGUUCAUCCGUCGCAGAAGCGGUUGUGCCGUUUAAUAAAACUCGAGAAGUCGUAUAGUCUAAGUUACGUCCAUUCGACAAUUCUCUUUGUGUUCUUGUUUUCCGUGUCCGACAGUGUUGUCAAAAUUCCGGCAGCACCGUUGUCUCAGCUGCCAUUGCUGUACUGUCUGGCGUUCAAUCGUAGCUUCAUAAAUACGAUUCUCUGAACAUGCUCGCAGAACAGACAUAGCGGAUGAUUCUACCUUCAGCUCCAGACGCCGGUUCUGAGUGAGCUAACCUUCACAGAGUGAGGGUACCUCUUAUCUGUUUGAUCAUUGUUCAUCGAGCCUGAAGCAGUGCUACAAAUUGACAGAACGAUGAAGUGGCUCGGUGCGAGUAGCGCUGGUGCUGCGGGUGAACCGGCACCUUCUAUGCAAUUACACCACCCUUCCGCAAAUGGACAUAUACCUACGGAUGCAGAGCAAUGUGGUCAAGUAAUGGCUGGUGGUGACAGUAUGCGUAUACAACCUGGUCAAACGCAUCAAAUAGGUGUGAACAGAACUCAAGAUGAUGCUAUGGUGGGUUAUGUAUUUCAACGACCAACAGAAGCAGAAUUUAAUGCUCAAUCUUCAACAUUUCAAACAAAACAAGCACCCCGUGCUUGGGCUCUUGCAGAUGAUGCUAUUAUCGAUAAUAAUCCAGAAAAAUGGAAAUAUCCCAUUACUAAACUGAGUGUACCACAACAGAAUCAACCUCAACAAUUAGGUCUACAAACUAUGAACAAUGUUCAUCUACCUUAUGAAAUCCAUCCAAUGCAACUUAAAAGUGGAGCACCAGGAACAGAACAUUUAGUUUAUCUUAAUAAUCAAAUGACAGCACAACAACAAGUUGCUCUCUUUCAUCAUCAACAACAACAACAACAACAACAGUUCAGGAAUGGCCAGAUCGCUCCCUCGGCAAAAAAGCUUUGGGGCGUGGACGAGGGCGGCUCCAAGGACGAAGGGGGUGUAAAAGGUGGUGGGAUACUUCACCUGGGCGACCACCAGAUGUGGCGAGACUCCACCUGGAGCACCUCAGAUCAUGCCGUCUCACAACCAAUUUCCAUGGGUACAGGUAGACGUGUGGGUGUCGGAACUGGAUACCAUCAUCAAACAUCAGAAGUUGGAACAGUUCUUAGCCCUAGAAGCAGUGAAACGGGUGGUCUGGGGGUUAAAAUGGUCGAAUAUGUUCUUGGAUCAAGUCCUACGACACCCAAAGAUUUGGAGCCCAGAAUGGUUUCCCUGAGAUUGAAUACUGAUGCAGACAAGAAAGAAAAAGAGAAGGGCUCGGCAAGCCCAUUUGACAGUUCUAAAGACGAUACAGGUCCACAAAAUAACGGAUUAGCAUCCCAGAAUGGUCUUGAUGAUGAUAAAGGAUUUAAUCGUACACCUGGGAGUCGCCAACCUUCUCCAGGCGAGGAGGAAUUUCAGAAGAACGCGGCUGCUACACUGGCUGUGAGCGCCGGUGGUGGCGGGGUGGUACUGUUGAAGCCUGGUGUCGAUGUGGUCGGAAGCGAGGAACAUUUCAUGGCCGCCUUUGCCCCAGCUCCGCCGCAUCAUCUUCAACAUCAUCAAGCACCACCGACGCAUCAUCUCCAACAUCCACACUCGCACGCGGCGCAACUCUUUGGUGCACAGGCUCCGCCACCCCCACAGGGCCCUCCGCCUUCCCAGCAGCAACAACAGCAACAGGGACCCCCGCAGCCGCAAGACACCACUACUCACUUUGAUGUUCAGCAAUUGUUCCGAAGUCAGCCGCAAGGAGCCACCCCGCAACAGUUGCAGCUGCUGCAGCAACAGCAGCAGCAGCAGCAGCAGCAAUACUUGGCCGCGUCUCAGGCGCAGCAGCAGCAGCAACAGCAGCAACAGCAGAACUUUCCCACGGCGCCGUACACCGUGAUCAGUGGGCAAGAACCGUAUGUCGGGGCAUUGAUAGCCGGGGCACCACCUCCAGUUGUGCCGCAGUAUUACGGAGUCGCGCCAUGGGUUUACCCGGCCGGAUUGCUGCCUCAGGCGCCUCCGCAAGCCGCCGCUCCGCCACCACCCAGGAGACCGCUUACACCAUCCUCGGCCGCGGCGGCGGCAGCUGUCGCUCAAGACACUGCAAAUAAUUUGGCCCAGAGUGUUCAAGGCCAGUAUCAGGUAAUACCAGCGUAUUACGAUCAAAAUGGAUCCAUCGUGAUGGGCGGGGUGCGGGGGUUGAGCUCAGCCGCGACCCCCAUGAGAUUAGUCAGUCCGGCGCCUGUUUUGGUAAACAGAGCCCCGUCACAACCACCGCCUGGACCACCGGCUCCACCACCGCCGAGUCUAUAUUCUCAGCCAACUCCCACGUCCCACAGUAACGCAACACCCGGAGAAUGUUUGGGUCUGGCGGCGUGCAGUGCAGCGGCAGUGGUUGCACAGGCUCAAGCAGUCGCGGUGCAGCAGGCACAGCAACAAGGAUCAGGACUAGCCGCGGGUUUAGCGGCGCUAGGAUAUGGCGGCUCCCCUCUGGGGGCGUUGGGCUCGCCCGCUCAGCUUCAGAGCACAGGUUUAGGCCUUGGCGCUUCUUCAACUGCGCGAAGAGAUUCCUUCGAUAGAAAUACAUCUGCUUUCAGUCCUAGUUUAGAAUACAGCCGCGCCAAGUGGCCGCAGAGUUACGGAGCUUUAGGCACUGUAACAGCAUCGCCAAGCCCGUUGGGAUUAUCCUUAACACCGCCACCGACUUUGGGAGGAUCUUUAGGGGGGUUGGUCGGUGGGGCCAGCCGUGUAUCAGCUGCCCCCGGCGCCGAGGCCAAAUUCCGGGCUAGCGCGGUCCCAGCUUUGACAGCUAACGGGGUCUUCGGCUCUAGCAGCUCUCUUUUCCCGAAUUUGGUUGGCAAACCUGGCCGCGGCGGCACGACCAGCAUCGGAGAUAAAAAUGCCGGUGGACGAUCACGUUUGCUAGAGGACUUCAGGAAUAAUCGAUUCCCGAGUCUUCAGCUACGUGAUCUGGCCAAUCAUAUAGUUGAGUUCAGUCAAGAUCAGCACGGUUCCCGUUUUAUUCAGCAGAAAUUAGAACGUGCCUCGGCUAGCGAAAAGCAGCUUGUGUUUCAAGAAAUUCUUACCUCUGCUUAUUCAUUGAUGACCGAUGUUUUUGGAAAUUAUGUCAUUCAGAAGUUCUUCGAGUUUGGUACACCUGAACAGAAAUCCACCCUUGCUCAAAAAGUUCGAGGACACGUGCUACCUUUGGCACUGCAAAUGUACGGUUGUAGAGUGAUUCAAAAAGCUCUGGAAUCGAUCGGACCGGAACAGCAACAAGAGAUAGUCCGGGAAUUAGACGGUCAUGUUUUGAAAUGCGUUAAAGAUCAAAAUGGAAAUCACGUUGUACAAAAAUGUAUCGAAUGUGUUGAGCCACGAGCAUUACAAUUCGUAAUUGGAGCAUUCGCUGGUCAAGUUUAUUCUUUGAGUACUCAUCCAUAUGGUUGCAGAGUGAUUCAACGUAUUCUCGAACAUUGCACCCCUGAACAAACUCAGGGAAUUCUUCAAGAAUUACAUGCUGCUACCGAUCAACUCAUUCAAGAUCAAUACGGCAAUUACGUGAUCCAGCAUGUACUCGAACACGGUAAGCCAGAAGAUAAAGCACAGUUGAUUAGUAGCGUUAGAGGUAAAGUACUUACUCUCUCUCAACAUAAAUUUGCGAGUAACGUUGUUGAAAAAUGCGUAACUCAUGCUACGAGACAAGAGCGUGCUGUACUCAUUGAAGAAGUGUGCGGAUUUAAUGACAACGCAUUAAACGUCAUGAUGAAGGAUCAGUAUGCCAACUAUGUGGUUCAAAAAAUGAUCGAUGUAGCAGAACCAGCGCAACGUAAGGUAUUGAUGCACAAGAUCCGCCCACAUUUAGGUAGCUUGCGCAAAUACACCUAUGGCAAGCACAUCAUUGUCAAGCUAGAGAAAUUCUUCAUGAAAACUGCAUCCGCGAUGGGAGUGGCAACACCUGCUGGAGCUUCGAGUGGUGGAGGUGAUCUUGGUCCUAUAGGACCGCCUGCUUCUGCUGCUGGUCCUGUAUCUACACCAGCUCAGCAGCCAACGCAGGUUUUAUAAACGUACGAAUUCGAAAAAUUAAAAAUUUUGAAGAUUUUUGUACGUUGAAGAAAGAACACGUACCAACAUCAACAUCUCUAUAAUAUUUAUGCAACGUAUCGCCAUUAAAUGAUAAUGGACGAGAAAAAAAAAAAAGAAAGGAUGCAUUUCGCACCGUUUAUCUCGUUGUCCCUUCUUGCAAAGAUAUAAAGAAGCUGAAAGAAAAAGAAAGACGCGCGUAUCCAUUUAAGACGAGAAAAAAAAAAAAAAAAAAAAAACUACCGAGACGAUUUUUCUUAUUUUUGCAAAACCGUAAAAGAAAAAAAAAGAACAAAACAAAAGAGGAAACUAACAAUUUGUACAGAGCAACAAGAAUGGACAACGCGAGAAAACGGUGCAAGGAGGAAAAAAAAAAAAAAAAUUCAAGGUCAAAUGUAUGUCAGGAAAAAUCAACUUCUAGAAUAACGUUAGAGGUGCAGUGCAUUUUUUUUUUUAUUAGUAAUCCAACGUGCUGCCGAGUAAUAUAUUCAUAGCAAUUUACAUUGAAAUGUCACGAAAGUUGCAUUAAUAACGUUCGAGAACCGAGUUUCUUCGCAACAAUUGGAUAAAGCUUUGAGCAAUUGUAUAUGAGAAACUGUAGUGCUGAGAUGGUUGAUUGUCUUUUAAACGCCUCUCGUUUAUCAGUGAGUUUUAGAGCAAUUCCAAAGGCACGAUAGUUCCGAUAAUUUAUAAGAAUUUGGGUAAAAUCGUUAUUUAACCCGUUAAUCCUUUUUAAACUCAGCACUUUUGAUGGAGCAUAGCUCCGGUCCUCUAAACAUUUAAAACGCAUACGUAAAAAAGACGUAAAAACGAUGGAAAGCAGAGGAGGAGAAGUUGGACGAGUCGUACGGCUCGACGUGAUUGAAAAGCUCGGUAAAAAAACGGCAAAAAAUUCAAAGAGGAAAAAAUUGUGUUUAGACAGCUAGGAUAGAUCUUAGAGCUGCAUGCAUUUAUAUCGAGUUGUAACGAAAGUGUGAUGGCCGUAAAAAAAAAAAACUUUAUGCACGAAACGUUUCGAUCGCAAGUGUACCGUACCUUAUCUUUGCACGCUGAAAGUAGUAUUAUCUUUUUACGUGCGGUAUACGUUCGAUCGACGAAAUCGAUAUCGGUUCAAGAUUCGAUAGAGGUUAGGAGCUACUGAUAUGUUGAUUAUAUCUAGCAUAGCGUUCGACAUGGGAAUGAAAGCUGAGUAUCCCUGACCUGACCGCUAAAAAUCUGCCCCCUUGAUUGCUUCAAAUUGUUCGUGAAAGGAAAAAAGAAAAAGAGAAAAAAAAAAAAAGAUGGAAAGGAAAAUCGAUUUUACUAUUCGUUUUUACAUUUAUAGAAAUUUCAAAGAUGAAUCAAUAUAUUAUGUACAUGUAUGUAUUUUUUUUUUUUUUUUUUUUUUUUUCUUAGAGACGGAAUUUAGCACGAAGAUGAAAAGAAUGAAACAAAAAGACAGAAACAAUGAGGAGAGAGACAUCAAGUCGUCAGCACGGUUCUCCUUUGUUCAUUUUUUACGUUUGUCGCCUUUAAGCGCGAAGCAUUUUUUUUUCUACUCUUACAUCCUUCUUGUAUCCCCCUUUUCCCCCGAUCCUUAAUCCCUUUUGCUCUCUUCCUCUUUACUCUCCCACUUAUCCCGAGAUCCUCAAAUUUUGUAAAUUGUGAUAUAAAUAAAUAACAAAUGUGUAUAGGUACGACGUGACAACCCUAUCGUGAGGAACCGUAAAUUCAAUGAAUAUUUUAUUUUUCACGGGAAUUCUCUCCUUUUUAACGGACUUUGUGAAUAUCGUGUAUUAUAAUAAUUACUAAUUAUAUUAAAUUUAAAUAUGAUUUACGUUCUAAUGCUGCUGACCUUCGAUCAAUAUAUACGUUGAUAUUUCCCUUUCUCCUACCGUUUUAAAAAAAAAUGGUUUCCGCCAUCUAUCGACCCCCACCCCUCCCCCACCCCUCUCUCCCCCUCCCCCCUCCCUAUUUCCAUACACAUACAGGCACAUACAUUCACACAAGUAUAUAUAUAUAUACUUUCCAAUUGUAAAAUAUGAAGAAUUUUUGACAAAGGAGACGCUCUAGGGGAAAGAAAUCGUUUAUGUUCAGAUUCAUCUAAAAAAAAAAAAAAAUCCCUCGACCCCCCCUUAAUAAUUCAAUUCCCUUAAGAUCCCUUCUUAAAUAAUCGCAGCCAUCGCAUGAUUGAAUCGCGAUGAUUUUUUUUGAACGUAACCGAGACCCAUUGUACAUUGUAUAAAUGAUAACGCGUUCUUUAAAGGAAGAAAAACGUCAGGAAAUUGAUGUUCCCAAUGCGUGUGUAUCUAUAUCUUUUCGCGCCAUUUGUUUUCCUAUCCUUUUACACAUUUACACGUUAGAAAAACAUAUUGUACACACAUCAGUCAUUUUCGAUUGUAAUAUAUAUAUCACACACGACGGUUGGAAAGAGCACCUCUCAGCUGUUUUCAAUAACAUCGUACUUGUUCUUUCUUAUCGCAGUUUUUACACUAUAUAAAAGGAAAAAAAAAGGACACGCGUAGAUAUGUUUUUUUUUUUCAUAUCUUUUUUCCUCUCUGUGGUUUUUCUGAAAAAAAGAAAAAAAAUCAUCCUGAUCAUUUUAACGGUUAGCUUCUAUCAUCGCAUUAUGCUUCAUCACGCAUACUUGCGAUAUAUACUUUUCUCUAUGUUCCUAAGGUUUUGUAAACACGAUAAAACUGAUCAUCGAUCGAGAUCAAUCAGUUUCAUCGUGUCUUUUCGAAAAAAAGGAUAUCUUUUUUGUACAAUUUUUCAUGUACUUUUAAUCCUUUUAGUGGACGUUCACAUAUUAUUUGUGCGUAGAAUUUUUAUUCGUUAUUGAACGCAUUUCUUAAAGGGGUAAAAGUCGAACAAGAUAAAUUAGAGAAACUCGUAGCUUGUUCUUCUAAGAUUUUAUUACGAAGAAUUUCAAGAACGGAUCAGCAUUUCGAGUUAAAAUGUUUCAUCUAAAUCGCUUCACGAGUUGUGUGUAUAUAAUUUGUACAAAAAGAAAAAAGAAAAGAAAAGAAAAAGAAGAAAAGAAUUUUUCUUCUUCCCACUGCAGAAAGAAAAUUUCGCUAAGUUUUUAAAUUCGACGUUCGUAUGCGCGACACAUUUCCCAUACAUAUUUGUAUACAUCCGAAAAGAACUUCGUUGCGUGUUGCAUUCUCGUAAUCGAUAGAUAAUUAAAAUAAGAUCGAGUUGUAUCUCAACUGUGUACAAUGUAUAAUAUUUUGUUAACUUAGGUGUUAAAUGUGUAGAAUUCUAAAAAAAAAAAAAAAGAAGUGAAAAAAUAGAGGAACAAGGAAAGAAAAGAAAGAAGGGACAACCGUAAGGUCGCAAAUCGAGGUCCGUCGCGAUUUUGUAUAAAAAAAAGAAAUGAGAAGAAAAAAAGGAAAAGAAAAGAGCAUUUAAAAAAUAAAUAAAUAAAUAAAGAAGAGGAAGAACAUAGCCGCUUUCUUUGUAAAAUAUUGUAAAUAACGAAUUUAUUAACGAAAUUGACAAAUUCUUAGGUACCCUUUCUCUCUUUCUCUUUCUUCUUCGCGAGAGGAUUAUUUAUACUGUAAUAGUGACGGGACCGGUUCAAAAAUAAGAUUGAAAAUGCGUUUAGAAGGGAAAUGCAUGAGACGCAGUACUUAUUGGAUCUUAGCGACGUCGAUUUUUCUUGUUUGCUUUGCUCAUUUCGCCCCGAAUUCUCUAAGUAAUUCGAUCGAUUUUUUAUUGAUUCUCGUGGAGAAAAAAUAAUAAUGUACGUGGGCUACCGUUUCCCUGACUCGGAUUCAAUCUUUUCGGAAAUCGCUGAGAGGAGGCUGCUCGUUUUGGAGCCGUGAUUAGGUAAAAAGGAAAAAAAAAAGAAAAAAAAAGAAAAAAAAAAAGAAAAAAAACGAGGAUGAAAAA